CAUCUUGGACAAAAGGACGGUACCAUGAAGUCUAUUUUGUUAGCAGGCAUCGAAACACCUGAUCCUGUCUAUUUCUGUACUGUUGAAGCGCCAUCCGAAGCAUCGAAUUUGGAAUUCGAAAAGGCGUUGCAUGAACUUGCGGUGGAGGAUCCAUCAAUGCAAGUGCGAAUUGAUAACGAAUUGGGGCAGACAAUAAUUGGAGCAAUGGGCGAACUGCACGUUGAAGUUAUCAAAGAUCGGCUUAAACGUGAUUAUGGCCUCAAUGUGUUCCUGGGACCGUUGCAGGUAUGUUUUUUCAUAUCAGUAGGUGACCAAUUCUUCACGUUUGUUCAAGAGACGCUAUUGAUGCUGUGA